AUGAUAUCCUGGCGCAGGACACUCGUCCCAUACCUCACAACUGCAUCUCAUGUACCUGCACCGCUCGUCUCCGCCUUUCUCCUUGUCCACCUCUCUGCUCCCAUUGUCGCGAACAUCGGCGGCGCGUCCCUCUCCUCCUCACUGCUAGGGCGGGAAUACUACCAGGGUGCUCCGCGUGAGCUACUCUUCGUCUUCGGUCCCCUUGGCCUGCACGUCUCCGCAAGCAUUCUCAAACGUCUUCUUUCUCCAUACCCUCCACGUCCACUCCGUUCUCUUCUUAGUGUAGCAGGCUACACAGCAGCUACUCUCCUCCCUAUCCACGUCCUCAUUCACCGUAUCUACUCCACUGAUCCUUCUCCUCCCAUCUCAUCCAUUGGUCCUGCACAGCUCGACUUCUCAUUUGUCCAACACGCUCUGUCCAAAUUCCCUAUACGUAGUCUACUCAUGUAUGGUGCCCUUGCUGGCGCGUCCAUCCUCCACGCUCUCGAGGGCUUCAGCCUCCUGUACGACACGUACGUCGCAAACCCCGAGGAGCCGAAGCGAUGGGACAAGAGCAGAGUGCAGAGGCGGAGGAUUGCUGGAGCUAUGGGGAUUUUGGCAGUAGCAGGAGGACUGUACGCUCUCUGGUCAGAGCCAAUAGGCAUGCCAUUACCUUCUCUCCUUGCUCGGUUCGACGCUGUCCUGAGCAAAUCGUUUGUAUAUCGUAUAUAA